AUGAUACCAUCGAGAAGGAUUUCCGCCGGAUCAUUUGUCCAUCCGCCUGCGCUCCCCGAAACGCAUGCGGGGAGGGAUACGAUUUUUGCGCUCGCUACGCCUCCUGGCCGCGGUGGGAUCGGCGUGAUACGCGUUUCGGGUCCGCAUGCUUUGGAUGCAUGGAAGAGAGUUGUGAGAAGGGUAGGAAAAGGAAGGGGGGACGGAAAGGAAUACGGAAAUGAGUGUGUGAGAGCGGGAGAAAUGGUUAGGUGCGAGGUUGUGCAUCCCCGGACGGGUGAAGUGUUAGAUGAUGGGAUGGCAGUUUUCUUUCAUGCCCCACAUUCGUACACGUCCCUUCCGACGUUUGAACUUCACACCCACUCAGGCUCGGCUUUAAUCACCUCAAUUCUUCGUGCUCUUUCAACUCUACCAAGGCUUCGACCCGCUGAACCGGGAGAAUUCACGUUAUGGGCAUUCAAGCAUGGGAAGAUGGAUUUAACACAGGCUGAAGCUGUGAGAGACCUCAUUGAUGCUGAAACGGAGAUUCAGAGGAAAGUUGCUAGAUGGGGUGUUGAGGGCGCUGUGAAGAAGAGGUAUGAGAAGUUAAGAAAGGAUAUUAUUGGGUGUCUUGCUUUGGUUGAAGCGCUCAUUGAUUUCGGGGAAGGAGAGGAUAUCGAAGAGGGUGUCUAUGACGUGGCACGAGCUAAGGCCUUAGAGUUGCGCGAUACAAUAGCAAGGUAUCUUUCCGACAAUAGAGGCGGCGAAAUUAUACGAAGAGGCAUACGCUUGGCUAUUUUCGGACCGCCCAAUGCUGGGAAGAGCAGCCUUCUUAACUUCCUCGCGCAGAGACAGGCGGCCAUCGUCACUCCGUUGCCAGGCACAACGCGGGACGUCCUUGAGAUCUCACUGGAUAUAGGUGGAAUGCCCGUCAUUGCAUUCGAUACGGCUGGAUUGAGGAGUGGCGCAGAAACGGAAGAUGUUAUUGAGAGGAUUGGAAUUCAGCGAGCGAGUGAAGUGAUUGAGAGCGCCGACGUGAAACUCUGUCUUCUCUCGUUGCCCGACUUACUAUCCUUUUCUUCAUCGGUGACGCUAGAUUCUCAAGCAAUGGUCGGAGACAGGUCACCGUCGACACGAAUCCCUCCAGAUGUCGCAGCGCAUAUCGACAAUAACACAUUGAUUUUGAUAAAUAAACGAGAUCUUGCUCCAAGCUUUCCACUUUCAUUUUCAUCCCCGACUACCCCUACUCAACCCUAUCUCCCGAGUGGGCUGACUGCGAAUAUGAACAUAAAUCCCGGACGCGUGUGGACGGCGAGCGUGUUGAACAAUGAUGGAGUGGAUGCUUUCUUAAGUGACAUGGUAGAGGUUUUGAAGGAGCGGUUUGGGUUCGCGAAGGGUGAAGAUCCCGGGGUUACUCCUUUCUCUACCACCAGUACUGGUGGUGGUGAGAGCGAUACGCUACUCAUUACUCACGAACGACAUCGUAAACAUUUGGAGAAUGCCCUUGCUCACUUGGAAUCUUUUCUUGCAUUUGGCCCAAAUGAUAUCGUGUUGGGGGCGGAGGAGUUAAGAUAUGCAAGUAGGGAAAUUGGACGGAUAAGUGGUGUGAUUGAUGUCGAGGAUAUUUUGGACAGUAUUUUUCAGGAUUUUUGUAUUGGAAAAUAG